AUGUGGUUAGUUGCGAAAAACAGUUCCCUGCUGUCGCCUGAUCUGACGCUGAUCAUUUUACAUAUUGCCUUAAGAAAUUUAAGGGUGUUGGGGUCCAUCGGGCCGAGAACCUCGAUACAUAUUGGCAAGAAUUCCAUCGAGGGGAGGGCGUUCCCAUAUUCUUUCAUUUUCUCGUCCGCUGCCCUGGCCGCGGCCAAACCGCAUUCUUUACUUGUCAGGUUUACGUAUUGUUCGGCGAGGGUGCCAGGGACCGUAACAUCCCACGCCAAACAUCUGCCGGCUCUCCAAGCGCUCUCUAUUAGAAAUGAAAUCAGUGAAGGUCAAUAA